AUGAAACAGUCAGGUACUGUGGACUCCAAGGCAUCCUCGAACCCAUUGACUGAAUCAGAUGAGGUAGAAAAUGAAGGGACUACGAGCAGUCGUUAUUCCCUGUGGAACUUUUGGGUAUGCUCCUUUGCCCUCAAGUUGUUGUUGAUCCCCGAUUACUACAGCACAGAUUUCGAUGUGCAUAGAAAUUGGUUGGCAGUUACCAAUAAAUUGCCUUUGAAACAAUGGUAUUAUGAACAUACAUCUCAAUGGACAUUGGAUUAUCCACCAUUUUUUGCUUAUUUUGAAUGGAUCAUUUCUCAAUUUGUUCCUCAAGUAGUUCGCGAUGAUGGAUGCCUAGAUAUUGUGGAAAUUGGUAAAUUUGGUGAACCGACUGUGAUAUUUCAAAGAUUAAGUGUAAUAACUAGUGAAAUCCUCUUAUUUGUAGUUUUACAAUGGUUUAUCAAUACAAGUAAUGUGAAGGAAAGAACACAAAGUUUUAUAGUAGCUACAAGUAUUAUAUUAUCUCCAGGCUUUUUAAUUGUGGAUCAUAUUCAUUUCCAGUACAAUGGGUUUUUAUUUUCCAUAUUAAUUGCGUCCAUUGUUGCUGCAAAGCAAAAGAGAUAUAUUCUAUGUGCUGUAUUUUACACCACUGCCUUAUGUUUUAAGCAUAUCUUCUUAUAUUUGGCACCAUGCUAUUUUGUUUUCCUUCUAAGAGCAUAUGUACUAAAUGUUAAGGGAUUCCAAUUCAAAAGUUACAAAGAUUUGGUUCGUUUAGUUCAAUGGACUAAUCUUUUCAGAUUGGCAGGUGUGGUUCUUUCCAUCGUGGGAGUUUGCUUUGGUCCAUUUAUCUUUGAUAUGCCUCAAUUAUUGACAAGAUUGUUCCCCUUUUCAAGAGGAUUAACUCAUGCAUAUUGGGCUCCAAAUUUUUGGGCUAUUUAUUCAUUCACUGAUAAAGUUUUAACUACUUUGAUGUUAAAGUUACCAUAUGUUCAUACUUUAGCAACUAGAUUCAUAUCAGCUCCAUUUUUCCCAGCCACAAUUAAAGAAAUUCAAAAACGUCUUUCAGAAGACAAUAAUGGUACGAAAGGUUUAGUACAGGAUGUAUAUUUCAUUGUACUACCACAAAUUGUCCCCAAAUUAACAUUUAUUCUCACAUUAUUUUAUCAACUUCUUGCUGUGAUACCAUUAUUAUUUGACCCAUCAUUUAAGAGAUUUAUUGGUUCAUUAACUUUAUGUGGUAUGGCCUCAUAUUUAUUUGGCUGGCACGUUCAUGAAAAGGCAAUUAUGCUUGUCAUUAUCCCAUUUUCUUUCCUUGUUGUUUGCGACAGAAGAUUAUUGAGUAGUUUCAUGUUAGCCAGUUCUGCCGGUUAUGUUUCACUGUUCCCCUUACUGUACGAGAAUCAAGAUUUCUUAAUUAAAUGUUUCUACACAUAUAUUUGGUGUGUCAUUUAUUUUUUCUCGUUUAGAAAGACUACCAAAUUAUCAUCUAGUGUAGAGAGGAGAAUUUUCUUCUUUGAUCGUUUGGCAAUAAUCUAUAUUGUUUCAUUAUUACCCAUGGUGUUUACUGUACAAAUUUUAAAUCUUUUGAAAGGGAGAUAUGCCAUUUUGCAAAAAUUUGAAUUUUUCGGAUUAAUGACAUAUAGUUUCUAUUGUUCCAUUGGUAUUGUUAGUUCUUGGGUCGGAUUAUCAUGGUUAUAUAAUUUUGAUGAGCCGCUGUGGAUGACGAAUGAAUGA